AUGGAAAGAGAAAAUCUUGACGAUGAAACUAAUAAUAUUAACUCUGAUACGAAUUCUGAUCCGCAAAAAGAUUCUAUCGAAGAAUAUUAUGUUACUCGAAGCAUAAAUUCAGAUUCAAUUGCAAGCUCGCAUCGAUUAUGUUCAUCGGAAAGCAAUCUAUCUCAGCUGCGAGCAUUUUACCCAUACGAAGGUUCAUUAGUCGAUAUUACUGCAAUGAAAAGAGAAAAUAAAAAAUUAAAAGCAGAUUUAUUUGAACUAAAAGCAAAAUAUUAUUUACUUAAGCAAGAAAUGCCUUUUAUUUGUAAUGCAAAUGGCGCAGAUAUCAGUGAAAAUUACGCCAAAUUUCACGCUGAAUUCUCGAAAGAAAAGGAAAAACGAUUGAAUUUAGAAGCCGAACUGAACGAAUUAUCAAAAAAAUUUAUUUCAUUAACUACUGCGCAAAAGAAAGAAAAAUUAGAAUGGAAUGAAGAAAAAAUGGCGAUUUUAGAGGAAAGAAAUGAACUUCGUCAGCAAGUCAAAAAUCUAAAUCAAGAGUUAUAUUCGAAAGCGCUUAAUGCAUUGCAUUAUUCAAUGGAUUCGGAAAAAUUAAAAGAGUCGAGUAUCGUUGAUUUUAGUGAAGAUUGCGUGAAAAGUAGCUUGAGCGAUAUUUCAAUAAUAUCAGAAGAUCACAGGCAACUUACUGAAAAUUAUUCAUCUUUGUUACGAAAAUUAUUUGAUACAGAAAAAGAAAAUUCAAAAUUUCAAGAACAAAUUAAUUUUUUAAACAAUAAAUUAAACGUUCAGUCAAUGGAAUUAUCAGCAAAAACGAAAGAAUUACAAAAUGAAAUCAAGAAAAAUGAAAUUUUAAAUGACGAAUUGCUUACCUUUAAAGCGAAUCUCGAGGAAAAAUUCAUUAGAAAUGAGCCGAAUGAGGAAAGAGUGGAGAGUAAGGAAUCUAUCGAUGAAGAACGUUUACAAAAAAGUGAAAAAGCAGUUAAUGCUUUGUCAGAAACACUUGGAAUUAAACGCAAAGCACCUAUAAUGAAACUGAAAUUGGAUAGCAUUUGUGAUAAAGAAGUGGACGAAAAGCUGAAAGUUUUUGACUUAUGCGAUUGUGCGGAU